AAUCUAGAUCUCCACAAUGGCGAUAGUUUCUAGUGUCACAGGCUUUGACUUUUGUGGUAAUUCCUCGGUUGCUAUCUGGAUUCAACUGAUUGGCUGAACAACAUAAAGAACAUCAGACUCUUCUUUUGAUUGGACAUCCUUCCAUCACUGACUGGUCGGGGACUCUGGCUGUGCUUGUUUCUUCUUAGGUCCGGGCAGCACCAUCCGGCUUAAGGGAGUCAAAACUGGCAGCUUGUUUUCUAAAUACAAGGGACUUUUUGAUAUUUUUAUUCAUAUUUUCCUUUAAUGGAUGUAUGUGUGUGCUGCGUAAGGAGAUAGUGUGCGGAACAAACUGAACACACUGGAUCCAAUGGGGAAAAUAAGUUGACUGUGCUGUCGGAAUAAUUGUUUUUUCUCGUUCCAGGAAAAGAGCUAAUUUUACCAACGUGAUUUAGAUUUCUGGAGUCUGGGUUAACGGGAAAUGUGACAUCUGAGGGAGGACAACGGUCCAUAUCCCAUUUCUACGAGACGGCGUAAACGGCAACAUUGUAUAACACCUCUCGUUCGCGUUCUCGCUUUGAUUGGGUAUAUUUGUUCUCGCAGUCUACUGCUCCAUAAUAUGGGAAUUGUUGUUAUAUGCGGAACGUUUGAAGUAUACCAUACUGUUCUUGCAACGCCGAAUACAAGUGGCUAUCAAGCUAGCAACUGUAGCGUGACCUAAAAGCCGAAUAACUUCUGCAAAUUGCAUGCAGCAAAGGCUGUGGAACAUCAGCGGUGGUGGACCAGACAAUAUGGAAAACUUGAGUAUAUUUGAAAGAUGAAUGCUGUGCUAUUUCCCAUGUGAUACAUAUCGGGUUCUCUUUUCAUAUCAAUUAGGGGAAAUUGACUUGAGUUUCGUCAGUGGAGAGGGUGCCGCCACUUCCAACAUGAGGGAGAUCUAGGGCCGCGGAUAAUUUAUUUAUUGUGGGGGGUGCGGGUUAUUUUCUGUCGCAUUUUUAUUUGACAUUUUUGACAAGGUGCACUGCAUUUACAUAUUAAUUAUUGUUACAGUUUGGUAGCCUAUCUGCUGUCAGUGCAUGCGGAAAUAAAUUACAUUACAAUAAGUAGGUCAGAUCCGUGUAAUGAUGAGGCUGUUAGGUAGAGUGAGGCUGCUCUCAGAAUUAUAGCUGACAUGUUUAUUUAAUUCAAACCGUUUCAAGAGUUUUUGAUUUUAUGCAUCGGGUCACAACCAAAUGAUCAGUUAAACACCAUCUGCCCAAUCCCAUAGCAUAUCUUCACCUGGGAUAUUUUCGCCUAAAAUAAACGGCCAAUUUUCACCCAUAUUUCCCUCCUUUUCCUUUCUUUUUGAUUUGUUAUUGAGUGAAUGGCUCUGUGCGGAACAACGGCAGCCAAUGCCGCAAAAAUGAUGGCUGCAUACAACGGUGGCGCCUCGGCAGUUUCUGCCCAUCACCCGCACCAUCACCACCAACUACCACAUCUCCCACCUCCCCAUCUCCACCACCAUCACCACCCAGGCCAGCAUCACUUGCAACACCCUGGCUCUGCCGCCGCUGUUCACCCUGUACAACAGCACGCUUCUACAGCAGCUGCCGCGGUAAUGUUGAACCCGAGCCAGCAGCAACCAUACUUUCCCUCGCCAGCUCCUGGACAAGCCCCCGGUCCGGCAGCGGCUGCCGCACCUGCCCAAGUUCAAGCUGCGGCUGUCAAAGCUCACCAUCACCAUCAACACUCACACCACUUACAGCCGCAGCUGGACAUAGAGCCCGACAGACCCAUCGGCUAUGGAGCUUUUGGGGUGGUCUGGUCAGUGACGGACCCCCGGGAUGGAAAGCGAGUCGCCCUCAAAAAGAUGCCCAACGUCUUCCAGAACCUCGUCUCCUGUAAGAGGGUCUUCCGUGAGCUGAAGAUGCUGUGCUUCUUCAAACAUGAUAAUGUGCUCUCGGCUCUCGACAUCCUACAGCCUCCACACAUCGACUACUUUGAGGAAAUCUAUGUGGUGACAGAACUGAUGCAGAGUGACCUCCAUAAGAUCAUCGUGUCACCUCAACCCCUCAGCUCAGACCACGUCAAAGUGUUUCUCUAUCAGAUCCUCCGAGGACUGAAGUACCUGCACUCAGCUGGCAUCCUACAUCGAGACAUCAAACCUGGCAACCUCCUGGUCAACAGCAACUGUGUGCUUAAGAUCUGUGACUUUGGGCUGGCGCGGGUGGAGGAGCUUGACGAGUCUCGUCACAUGACUCAGGAGGUGGUGACCCAGUAUUACCGUGCGCCAGAGAUCCUCAUGGGCAGCCACCAUUACUCCAACGCCAUCGACAUUUGGUCUAUAGGAUGCAUCUUCGCCGAGCUACUGGGCCGACGCAUCCUGUUCCAGGCACAAAGCCCCAUCCAGCAGCUGGAUCUGAUCACGGACCUGCUGGGAACUCCAUCUCUGGAGGCCAUGAGGACGGCGUGUGAGGGAGCCAGGGCCCACAUCCUCAGAGGACCACACAAACAGCCAUCCCUUCCUGUCCUGUACACCCUGUCCAGCCAGGCUACCCACGAAGCUGUUCACCUCCUGUGCAGGAUGCUUGUAUUCGAUCCGUCUAAACGGAUCUCAGCGAAGGAUGCCCUGGCCCAUCCUUACCUGGACGAGGGCAGACUGAGGUACCACACCUGUAUGUGUAAGUGCUGCUACACCACCUCCUCUGGUCGCGUCUACACCAGCGAAUUCGAGCCCGUCACCAACCCCAAGUUCGACGAUGGCUUCGAGAAGAAUCUGACCUCCGUCAGACAGGUCAAAGAGAUCAUUCACCAGUUCAUCCUGGAACAGCAGAAGGGGAACAGAGUGCCGCUCUGCAUCAACCCCCAGUCGGCCGCUUUCAAAAGCUUUAUCAGUUCCACUGUGGCCCAGCCCUCUGAGAUGCCCCCGUCCCCCCUGGUGUGGGAAUAGCUGCUGUCUGUGCCACGAUCCGGCCCCGCGCUGGACUACUGAGGACAACAAGAAGAAACCCCAACCUGUGUAGCAUUUCACUGGAGUCUAGGACUAGCAAUGUCCACUGUGUAUGUACUGUAAUACUAACUAUGAAGUUUUAAAAUGAACCCAAACAACCACUGCUGACUGGGUUAUGGAGGGACUUUUACAGUGUGCUAUGUAUGCAAGUGUCUGCCCACACUGCUCUGUAGAUGGAAAGCCACAAAUGGAUGCACACACACACAUGUGCAUACAAACAUUGUGCAGAGCUGGUAUAAGGGCCAACCUCGUGGGCUUGAAAGUGUGUGUGUGUAAAGCCAGGGAUGAGACAGUAUGCUGCAGAGAGUCCUCGUAGUCUCUGCCUGCAGUCCCAGAGGGCAACAUACAGCUCCCGUCCAUACAUACAUAGUCAUUACUUAUUUAUUAAAGGAGGGAGACGCGUUCCGGAAAGGGUGUUCUUUUUAUAUAUAGCACAGGAUUUAAGACACUCCCUGCACACGCUAGUUAACCCCCCCUCCCUCAGAAAUCAUAACGUUCAAUUAGAGAUGAUGCUUUUUAUUUAUUUGUGGUGUACUGUUUAACAGUUUAGUCAGAGGGUUUCAUUGUUUGUUUUGUCCCCCCCAAAAUCCUGCUCUAUUGCUGUUUGUUCUAUGCCUGCUGUCCCCUGAGAACUCCUCACCCGGCACACAUACUCGCAUGACUAACCCAAAUAUGGGUAUGUGGAAGUAUGGUGCUGUGUCAGUAUUAGCUGGGUAAAAUGUGGUAACCCUGGAAUGUGGUUGCAUCAAAGAAUAGGCUAUUAGUGGGAUAGAAGCACCACUGAGAGCUGAAGAGAUCCUCCGCUCUGGGUAGUUUAGGGUACAUAUUGACAUUGUGGUAUUCAGCACAGAUUUUGUGCUACAGGAACAAGAAGGCCAUGUUGGGGUGCUACUUGGUCGUUGCGUUUUCUCUCUGGAGACUCUGAGAGACCGGAAUUAAUCUGCUGUUGAACGUCCUGUACCAUAUGAACAGGCAUGUUAAGAGUGUAAGGGAUACAGAUAUUCACUGGUUCCCCUGCCAUGUCUUCUGAAUCUAUAGUCCUACCAUACACUGCAUGUCCAUGUUCUGUCAAUACAUACCUAGUUAAAGACAGACAAGCGAAAUAAUACGAAGAUCAGCCAAACCAAAAUAAUUUAAUUAUUCUGAAGAGAAAGUGAAACCAAGAUUUUUAAAAAUCUAGAUGUUUGAUGAUACAGGAAUGCUGCCAUUUCUGGAAGAUGCUGAUUUAUUCCAUAGGGUCCCAACAAGUGGGGUGUGUGCGUGUUGCUUAUACGUGUGUCCUGUCACAUGCAAAUUAAUAUGUUUGACUAACUACAGUGACUUUCUUUGGUGAGGGGGUGUCACCUUAUCAAGGCAAUGGUGUCAAAGAGAUAGAUCUUCCCAUCAAUUAAUAAGGUGAAUGAAUAAUUUAGCCAGUAAUAUCAGGUCAACUUUAAGCCUCACUCCCCAUAGCGAUGUUUCAUGUCACCUACACAAAAUAAACUCUCAGAAGAAAUCUAUUUCAUAUAUUUUUAGAUGAUUAUUUUCUAUUUAUUUCAGUCAAUGGAAUAUGAUAUGUCAAUAGGUGAAAAAGAAAUGGAUUUAAAACAAUCUACAAUGGAGGAAAAAUAAUAAUAAAUAAACUCAGAACAAUACUGCUGUAUAGGUGUAUUAGCCUGCACAUUUUUAGGGCUGUGCAUUUUAUUUUAUUUUUGAGACUUGCAUAUAAAUGUAUAUAUUUUAUUUGUUCUUUUCUUAUGUUUUCCCCUGUACACGAGUGUGUAGAAGACAAAUAAUCCCCCCAAAAAUGAUUCAGAAAACAAAUGAAAAAAACACAUAACCAAUUAUGUUAAUUGUGUCUUGUGUGUACUGCAGAGCUGUGGCUAUAUUGAAGUAGAAGGCUUUUUUUCUUCUUCUUCUUAAUAUUAUUAUUUCUACCUUAGAGAAACACUUUACUAUUGUGUGUAUAUGUAUAUAAAGAAUUACAAUGUUGCUCUCUACCUCUUGAGCUCUAUUACUUGGUUUGUUUACCUCCACAAAUGUAUCAUUUCAUGUGGAGAAUUAAAAAUAAAACUUGAAUGUCCCUUACAGCUUUUAUAUAUAUAUAUAUCAAAAAACAGCUCGUUUUUUUUUCACUCAUUUGAAAAACUAUUUUAAAUUAGCCAGAGGUAGGAUUCAUCAUGUCAUUGUAUUAAAAUACCCUAUCAAUAGCCAAGCAAUUCCAGACUGUUAGUUGACGUUGAGUCAUAUAUUUGAUAGGCUAUGACCCUCCCCAUCUCCCUGUGUAAUAUCUGUGUGUGAAGAGAUUUUGUGUUGAAAUGAAGUACAAAAACCCACUGAUACAAAUUUUUAGAUAUACACAAAUAAUAACAAAGCAGACAGAAAUAUGAUGGUGGUGCUGUGAGAGAGACGAACUUGAACUCUGCAACUGAUAUUUGGUCAAAAUUUGGAUAGGUACUACUUGUGCUGUCACACAUUUUUAUAAGACAUUUGAAGUUUAUACUCAGAGGUAAUGUAAUUUGAAUACAAUUUAUGAUAAAUAUAUCUAUAAAGCUCUGCUUACAAGGACCUUAAAAGCCAAUGUGAAGUUGAGACCGGAAAUGACUCCUCGGAUGUGCUCAAGUGUGUGUUGGGAAAAAUGUCCGGUCUCUAACAGUGUAGAUUUGAAGUACAGUGGUGAAACUCAUUAAAUGUAAGAUUUGAAAGAACUUCAGUGCUGUGGCUCUUGUUAUUCUUCUUCCAACUUCAGUAUAGACCUAGACUGUUAUGUACAUCAUGUAUUAUACAUAAUGUCCGAUUUCAUUCUGGUUGAUUGUGUUGUCUCGUGUUGCUCAGUUGGUAAGCAUUGAUCUUGCAAGGCCAAUGUUGCAGGUUCGACUUACUGUAAGUUGCUUUGGAUAAGAGUAAGAAGUAUCUGCUAAAUGACCAAAAUGUAAAAUUGUGUGAUUAUUUCAUGAGUUUUACUGCCACCCACUGGAGUACAUUAGCUUUAACAGUCUAAGCAAUUCCAAAACUUGUGAGCACACUGAUAUACAAUCAAAUCGCUUUCACAUUGGAUUUUAACCUUUUAUGUUCCAUUGAGGGCAAGUGUAUAUCAAUAUAGACAGAAUCUCAAUUAUUGUCCAUAUGAUAGGUGCUCUGUGCAAGUCCAACCACAACACACCUUAUUGUCUACGAUACUGUAUGUCUGAAGCAGUAAAUGAAGACAAUUUCUUGAGAAAAAUAAAGAAUGUUGAACAUUG